GAUGAACCACUCCCACACACCUAGUCAGACUGGAAAGAUCCGACUGCAUCUCUUGACUUCUCGCCUUUAUUCUUCAUAUUUUGGGUCUGUUUCAGAUUUAAACGGGUCUGAUGGAGGAGACACUCCGUCAUGUCAAAACAAGAGGGAAAAUUGGCUCACUGAAGGGAAAAGACGAAACAUGUUUGACCUGCACUCAGUGUGGAAAGAGUCUGAGAUGCCAAAAGAGUCUCAGGAAUCACAUGAUGAUCCACACUGGAGAGAAACCGUUCACAUGUGCUCAGUGCGGGACGAGUUUCAGACAUUCAUCAAAUCAUAAUAAACACAUGUUGAUCCACACUGGAGAGAAAACACACAAAUGUGAUCAAUGCGGCAAAACAUUUUUAAGGGCUUUAUAUCUAAAGAGCCAUCUUAGAGUUCACACAAAGGAGAAACCUUAUUCAUGUUCAUUGUGUGAAAAGAGAUUUAGAGAUCAGUCAGAUUUAGAUACGCAUCAGAAGAUCCACACUGGUGUGAGAGAGCAUGUGUGCUUUGAGUGUGAGAAGACUUUUAUUAGAGCUGGAGAUCUGAAACUGCACCAGAGGAUUCACACUGGAGAGAAACCGUACACAUGCGUUCAGUGCGGGACGAGUUUUAUACGUUCAUCACACCUUAAUGAACACAUGUUUAUCCACACUGGAGAGAAAACACACAAAUGUGAUCAAUGCGGCAAAACAUUUUUAAGAGCUUCAGAUCAGAAGGUCCAUCUUAGAGUUCACACAAAGGAGAAACCUUAUUCAUGUUCAUUGUGUGGAAAGAGAUUUAGACAUCAGUCAACUUUAAAAACACAUCAGAAGAUCCACACUGGUGUGAGAGAGUUUAUGUGCUUUGAGUGUGAGAAGACUUUUGUUACAGCUGGAGGACUGAAACGGCACCAGAUGAUUCACACUGGAGAGAAACCGUACAUGUGUUCACACUGCGACAAGAGAUUCAGUCGGUCGCAAAGCCUGAAAAAACAUCAGAGGAUCCACACUUAAGAGAAACCUUA